UCUCUCCAACGGCUCUCAUGAUCAUGUACUGGGAUCUCAUCAGCCAUGAUGAGAUGUUUACCAUCUACAAGAUCCGAGAGAUCGUGGACAGGCUGGGGCUGGAGGUGGAGGUGAAGGUGGUCAGUACGACAGAGGAUAAUACUAAUGACUCCCUCAUCGGUGGAAAUGCCUCCACUGAAGACUCUGAGGGUGAAGGUAUGGAAAGCACAGUAAACACUGGUGUUGAUAUUAUUGUAAACCGUUACUUAUAGAAAACCACCUUCAAAAAAGAGGCCUACAAGAAGUACAUCAAAGAUUACAUGAAAUCAGUCAAAGGCCAACAGAGGCCAGAAAGCGUAAUGAUAGACCAGAUCAAGCACAUCUUUGCUAAUUUCAAAAACUACCAGUUCUUUAUUGGUGAAAACCUGAAUCCAGAUGGCAUGGUUGCUUUGCUGGACUACUUUGAGAACAGUGUGACUCCAUAUAUGAUUUUCUUUAAGGAUGGUUUAGAAAUGCAAAAAUGUUAAUGAAUUUGGUUGUUAUUUUGGAUGUUAUCACCUGUUGUCAUAACUGACUACUCUUCAUCCACACAGCAACCAGGACUUAGGCAAAUGGGACUGAUGCCUUCUUGAGUGUUUCAUUUAUUUUGACCUUGAUUUAUUUGGAGCAGAGACAUUGUUUUUAAG